UAACUAUAGAGCAGUAGAAAUUUUAGAAACGGAGAGACCAAAGGAACAUCGUGCGAAAGGCAGUGCGCUAACUAGAAUAGGGAAUCCACAACGCCCCAAGGAUUUUGCCUCUGAGGUAGUACAUCCGUCGCCAGAUAGGGUCCUGGGGGUUUCAGGUAGAAAGACAGCCAGGCAGAAUGAAAUAUGACCCCUCGGUAGACAUAGAUCCCGGGGGUGGGAGAUAAAUCCCCAGGGAGAAAGACCCCCAAGUAGAUAGAUUCACAGGAGGGCUCCCAGGGACGGAGACACACCCCCAGGGACAUAGAUUCUCAGUGAGAUGCUUAGACUUAGAACCCCAGGGAGAUAGGUGCCCAGGGAUUUAGUUUUCUUCUAGGGAAAUAGCCCCCCAGGUAGAUUGAUAACAUAGACCCCAGGCACUGACUUAGGUAAACUCCAGUGAAGUAGGGCCCGAGGCUGGCAAGCAGCCCCCCAGGUAUGGGAAGGCUUUCAGCGGUAGAGCCCAAGGUAUGGGCAGGCGUGCAGGUAGGCCCCCAGGUAUGGGCAGGAGCUGCGCCCCCUGCGCUCGGCUGGCUUUAUUCUACCUGCCGGGCAGAACUGGCAGCGCCUUCUUCCGCUUUGCUAGCUUUCCCUUCCCACCCUCGGCCGGAAGCGCGGCUUUAGUUGGAAGGCAAAGGGGCCGAGAGCAUGCCAGGAAGCUACAUGACCCGGAGGCCGUGUUGGCUUUGUGCGCCCUCCCCUCAAAUAUGGAAUGAUCUCUCAAGAGCGCCGCUGUGCCACAUUCCCCCGAGCUGGCGGGCCCGGGUAGAUGUGUUUUCCCGCGAAACCCCCCGGGUGCCUCCUGUUUCUUGCCUUCGUGUGGGCCUGCAGUCGUGCGCGUGGCCCCGCUUCUCGCCGGGCCAGGCUGGCCCCAUUUACUGGGGUGGGGACGCACCGCGCCGCCUGCCAACAGCCACAAGGCUGCGCAAGGAGAGCACAGACAGCAGGCAUGUGGGGACAGCCACUGGGCGCCAGACGCUUCGCAAGCGCGCCCGGGACAGCAACAUGGCCGCGGUGAGUCUGGGGCCGGCACGCAGUCGGCGGCCCGUUGUCCCUCCGCUACCAAACACAGGCCAAGGGGCGGCGGGGGUGGUUAGCACGAGAGCCGCCGGCCAGCAGGGACCUAACUAAGAUGGGCGCGCACAUCGAGAAUGCUACCUGGCUACUUCAUUGGCCGGCAUUCGGUGAUGUUGAGCCGGAGCAACGAACGCAAAAGAGCAAAGCGCAGGGGCUGGAGUGUAACAUCUGCACCUACUCCGCACGGUUCGGGCGCGGUAUUUUGUAGCGUGCGUCUCCGUGCUUUAGGCGCCUGGUGCGCAGCUGUAUUUUAGGCGCCGGCCGGAGAACAAAACCUCUAGGAAUGGUCUCGAAGGUCUCGCCUUGCGUUGGCUCAACAUGCAGUAAAAAGGCGGAAGGGCAACGCGUGGGGUUAUAUAUUGCCGAACCCAGGCAAGGGCAACAUUUGAACGCACUGAGAAAAUGCCGCCCAGAAUUUUUUCUGCGUGGGAAUCUGCGCAGUUUUUUUCAGUAGGAGACCAAAAGCUCUAGAGGUCGACCUCUAGUGGUCGCCCUCUCCUUUUGGUCAACUUUGCUCAGCCGUUCGCCCGCGAUAGGCGAAAUUUUUUCUCGGACCUCUAGAGGCCGCUCCUCUCCUUUGCUAUAGGUCUGGAGUAUACUGUCGGGCGAAAAAAUGACAAAAAAACCGAAAACGCCCGACCUCUAGAGCUCGCCCUCAUGUUUUGGUCAGAAUUGCUAUAGCUUAAAUCACUCCCAGCAUCGUGAUUGACCAAUUUUCAAAGAGUCGCCGUUUUUGGGUUUGGUCUCGUUUUCGUCAGAUUUUGGUCAAGUUUUGGUCAGAAUCUUAUCGGGAUUUGGAUUCUCAUUCCUUUGGUGUCUCCUUUUUUCACAAGUUGCUACGAGUCUAUAGUUCUUUAAAACUAUGAAAGAGAGGACUAUGAACAAGUUUGCUGCUAGAACUCGGUCCUCACCUCUCCAUCCGGCGCCAAGUCGGCUCUCAGAACAAGAUGGAGGCUAAACAAAAAGAACGCGCUCGGUUGCAAAUAUAGUACUCCUGCAGGAGCAGCUACAGGGUAGUAGUUCCUCCCUGCGUGACUUUCAACAUCUAGGUGCGCCAGAAAGUCGAUCUUCGGUCUCACAUUCACUCUCAUCUCUGUAUAGUACUUACCAAUAUGCUCAUGCUUUUUAGAAGAGGGUCACAAAAUGUCCGCUUAGGUCCUCAGGGGACCUUCGACCCACCCAGCUGGGUGGGCCUUAGGUCCCCUGCCCUAAAAAUUAUUAUAAGGCAACAAGGGGCCUAG